AUUACACGUCUUUUACCUUACACCAUCUAUUAUAUGUGAUAUGUCUAAUAACUUGUAAGACUCUCUUUCCUUUUGUCUGCGCCUCGCCUGUCUCUAUUAAAAAAGUCCCUUCACAACACAAAUAUACAAUAAUUCUUCAUUUUCACUCGGGAGAUCUUUUGACAUGUCUGUGAAGAAACAGGCUUUAGAGGGUAAGAACAAUGGAAGCCACAAGUCGAGUCAUUAUUAUCGAUGUUUGUCGUUCUCGUUCAUGGAGUCAUCAACGGAAGAGAAGAAGAAACCAUUGUCGUUGAAUCGUAUGGAUUCCAAAAAGCUCAAGGUAGAGAUCGUCAAGUGGGCUAAGCGUGUUGCGGCUUAUGCUCGUCAACUUAGCUCGAGGAAACAAGAUUAAGACAUUGAUGAAGAAAGCUUAUUGGAGUUUUUUGUCGUUUUGACACGAUGAUCAUUUUGUUGUUGAAGCCAUUUAGGUUACUUAAUACUCUUUUAUAAAAAAAAAUACAAAUUUAUCUUUAUUCAAUCGAUUUUCAAAUAGUUUUUCAAAUGUUUUCGAGUGGGGUUCAUAGAGGUAGUGUGAUUGUGUUCCUUUUGUUCAUUCCUAAUGGAAUUAUCUGAUUUCAAUAGAUUAAUAUCUUAGACUUGUAACAUACUGGUUGUUAACUACUCUCUCCGUUCUAUAAAUGUAGUAAUAAAAUUACAUUUCAGUUUUAUAAAGAAAACAAAACUCCAUUUUUAUCAUAUACCAUUGGAGUUUAUUAAUUAGAAAGUAUCCUCCAACUGAAUACUAUUAACUUAACAACUAGUGUUGUAUUGGUUUAAGAGGAAAUAUUAUUAUUCUCUUAGCAGGAUCUUUAAUUAGGAACACUUGCCUUGGUGGGAUUUUAACUUCUUUCAAAAGGUCUACAUGCUUGUCUAUGAAUGCUACUAUAUAACUUGAUGAAAAAAGAUUACAAAGAUUUAACUCUGAUAGAAAAUCAAAACUCCUUCAAAUCUAAAAAAAAAA